AUGCUAAAUAAAAAUAAAUUGCAGUAGAUAAUAUUAUUAAUCGAUUAUAAAUUACUGGGUUUUUUUAUAAAAAUAAUUGAAAAUUUAAAAAAAGUUACUUUAAGCAAAAAUAAAGAACUUGUUUUAUAAAUAUUUCUCAAUGAUAUUGAUAAAUUAUUCAAAAAUAACAUUUAGAAUUUAUAGGUUGAUUUUGCAGUUAAUAUUUAGCAAAAAAUUAAUUAGUAAAAUCUCAUCAAACUUUUAUAUAACGAAGAAUAUCCUAGAAAAUGUACAAAUUUAAUAGCUAAAAUAUUAUUAGAUGAAAAUUAAGAUUAGAAUUUAGAGACAAACUAUACUUUUCAAAUAACUUAAAUAUUUGAUAGAUAUAUUUUAAUAACAAAAUCAUAAAUUUCUUUAAAUAGCUUAUAAGUUAGCAUAUUAAAAGAAACAGCAAUUAAAUAUUUAGAAUAUAAGAAUAAAUAUGCAAUCUAGCAUUAAACUUUCAAAAGCUAAAUAAAUAAGAACAAAAGCUAUAUACUCUAAAAAAUACUAUAAAAUUAAAAUUAAAGAAAAAAUUUUUAAGUAUUUUUGAUAUCCUUUCAAUAAAAAAUAGAAUUAGAUGCUAAUUUAAAUUAUAAUUGCAAUUUGUUUUAAAAAAUUUAUCUUUUUUAAGUUAAAAAAAGUAUAAAAAUAAGAAAUAAUGCUUAUUUAAAUUUAUAUUAAGAAACUCUAAUAAAAUUCAAUUCAAAUUAUGAAUAAGAAUUGAUAUUCAGAUAUGUAAGUUCAAAAUUAUCUGGUAAAUUUAUAAAAAAUCUAAAUUUAGAUUUUUCAUAAUUUAAUUUUGAAUUGGAUGAAAUUACUAUAGAAUCUCUAAAGCUUAAAUUACAAAAAUAUUAGCUUUUUUCUUUGAAGAUAUAGUUUACAGAUAGUCUAUUUGAAUACUAAACUCUAAUUAAUUUUCUAAAAUGCAUUAAAUUAUAUAAAUUUGGAAAAAUCUGUGUAAAUUUUAAAAAUAUAGAAUUUAAAUCUAUAGAAAGAAUGAGAGAUAUUUUGGAUUACUUAUAUUAAAAUAAAAUUUUAUCAUAUCUCUUUGCAAUUCUUAAAAGAAGUUGA